UUAAUAUUGAAUCCACACAAAGUUGGAUGAGUCAAUUUAGAAUUCCGUUACAACGUAUACCGAACAGAUUUGCUCAAGGUUCUGCAAAUGUCCAUGCCAGUAGUGAUGCAACAACUGGCUCUGGCUCGACUACGGCUCGCUAUAAUGGAGCUGAGCCGCCUUUUAGCCGAGCCAAGCCUACCAGAAUUAUUGCUCUGUCGGCUAACCUGGAACUUUACGAUUGGCUAAUGGUUCUAAUCCGGCUCCACGUAACACAAGCUGAACCAUCAACU